UUCAAGGAAUUGCUUCCCAGAUAAUCAACACUAAAUAUAUCUUAGCUCCUCUCAUGGGAAGUUUAUUUUGCUGCUAACCACACUCGCAUGACCCAAGAGACUCCAGCUGACAAAGCUAAAAUGCCGAAGUGUCCCAAGUGCAACAAGGAAGUGUAUUUUGCUGAGAAGGUGACUUCUCUCGGCAAAGAUUGGCACAGGCCUUGCUUGAGAUGUGAAAAAUGCAAUAAGACUCUGAGUUCUGGUGGUCAUGCCGAGCACAAGGGUAAGCCGUAUUGCAAUAAGCCAUGCUACUCUGCUUUGUUUGGCCCAGGAGGUUUUGGCCACGGUGGAACAGAGUCACAUAAAUACUGACUUCACCACGCACUACAAGUUCAGUUCAGACAUGACUGACGCUGACCGCACCCAAGGCAUCAUUAGGACGAUGACAUGUUUUGUCUUUUGUAGCUCUUGCCAGUAAUCCUAAAUAAAGACGAAUGUAUUUUGUCA